AUGGAAACAGAAUCGGCAGCAAGUUCUGCUGUUCCACCACCAACGACAACAACCACAAGUGCAAGUACUGAACCAAAACUCCCAGUAUGUAUACUCGUACUUGGUAUGGCAGGUUCAGGAAAAACAACUUUUAUACAACGUAUAAAUGCACAUUUACACACUGAAAAAAUGCCACCUUAUGUUAUUAAUCUUGAUCCAGCCGUUCAUGAAUUACCAUAUCCAUGUAAUGUUGAUAUUCGCGAUACAGUGAAUUAUAAACAAGUUAUGAAACAAUAUAGUCUCGGACCCAAUGGUGCCAUUGUAACAUCAUUAAAUUUAUUCGCAACGACAUUUGACCAACUACUAUCCUUAUUAGAGAAAAAUCAAACAAAACAUCGUUAUUUUAUUUUUGAUACGCCCGGUCAAAUUGAAGUCUUCACAUGGUCAGCAUCGGGUUCUAUUAUAACUGAAGCACUAGGCGCAACCUAUCCGACUGUCAUUGUGUAUAUCAUGGAUACACCGCGUUCAUCGAAUCCGAUAACAUUUAUGUCAAAUAUGCUUUAUGCUGUAUCAAUACUUUAUAAAUAUCGUUUACCAUUUAUAAUCGUAUUAAAUAAAACUGAUAUAAUACAUCAUCGUUUUGCACUUGAAUGGAUGAAUGAUUUUGAAUUAUUUCAAUCGGCUAUCGAACAAGAACAUUCCUAUUCGACAGAUCUAUGUCGAUCGUUAAGUCUUGUAUUAGAUGAAUUUUAUACAAAUUUACGUUGCGUUGGAUUUAGUUCCAUUACCGGUGAUGGUUGUAAAGAAUUUUUCGAAGCUAUCGAUGAUGCAUGCGAUGAAUAUGAACAUGUUUAUAAAGUUGAGUAUAAUAAAUGGCAAGAAAAAAGAGCAAAACGUGAAACACAUAAACGUGACAAAGAUUUAAAACGAAUAAAAGAUGAUCUAAAUCAAGAAUCAAGUGUUAUUGGUGAAAAACGUAUUCGAUAUGAUGAUAUGCAUAACGAUGGAGAAACAGACGAAGAUGAUGAUGGUGACGACGACGAUGAUGACGACGAUGAUAAGAAUAACAACGACUUCGAACGAGAAGAUGAAUCAUUCAAACGAUAUUUAUCUAAGAGCGCAUCAAAACCUACUACCAUGGAUACAUAA